AUCGGUCAGUUUAAUAGUUUGGCGGUGAAAACUAGGGUAACGCGCCAGCCCUCGUCACGUCACGGUUGAAAGAGCACAUCAAAAUAUAUAACCUGGAUCAAAUUUCUUUCAUCACUGAUCAGACCAACUGUGUUCCUGUGAGCAAAGGAGUCUAGAUCUGUUUUCACCAUGGAGACACCACGUAGUGUAUGCAGUUGUGUGUUCACCCUCCUCUUCCUAUUGCCCGCGCUAUCACUGGGCGCUUCUACCAAGCCCGUUCCCGAGCAGGUGAAAUACGUCGGCAUCUCCUACGAUAUCAUCAAGGGAAACCCCGAGGGUAACCAAAACAAUGGAGGGGUCGACCCCGGACUCAUGACGACUCGGCGUGUUUUGAAACUCACUUACGACAACGGGAAAGUGACGGCCGACAACGAGUACCGAGUGCCCGACGAAGUGGAAUUCGUGCGACGUAGUAGCUCUUACACGUCGCAAGAGAAGGAUACGUUUUACGGAACGAAAAGCUACGCCAAGAAGCUUUCCCAUCAAGUAAAUGUCGAUGUUGACGUUCAAGCUGUCUUCGCUAGCUUCCAGUUUGCUGCCAGCCACGAAUACCAGUCCAUCAAGAAUGAUGAAAGUACCAAGGGUUACGUGUACUUCUCAGAGCAAACGAUCCAGAACUACGGCAGUAUUCGCUACCUGACGACCCUGGCCAACACUGACGGGUUCGAGCCCAGUCGAGAGUUCCGUGUUGCCGCCUGCGGUCUGCCCACUACCUAUGAAAGAGAGGCCUACAUGACAUUCCUCUCCGACUGGGGAACGCACGUUGUGACGGAAGCUCUAAUGGGGUCUCGUUCGGGCACAACCUACCGUGAGGACACGUCAUCUUUCAUCAAAGAUUCCACGCGAGAUAUGUCUAACAGCGCAAGUGUUGGAGGUAGCUACAAAAUCGUCUCUGCAUCGUUAUCAGUGAAUAUGGACAGGUUCACCAAGACUGCAGCAUCGCAGGAAAAGUUCGGCAAAGUUUACAAAGAGUUCUCAGUGGGCAGCCUGGAGUAUAAUGAACCCAUCAGCAUAGAUCUCAUCGGGCUCAAUGAAGUGUUGGAUUCCAAGUUCUGGACCAGACAGACGGACUAUGAAACCAGUGGAGAUUGCCCAGCCAACUGGCAAAGAGAAACUAUCCAAGCAAACAUCUUGACAGCUUUCAAUGAUUAUCCUGCAUACAAUGAUGUCACUCCGAGUGAAGACAUUCAGGUAGCAAUGACACUGGCAUGGCCGGAUGGGAAGUACGCUCUUCCAGAGGCGGUGACACUAGCAGGGGAUACGUGCCCGACAACAGCAUUCACAUGGGACUUCGGCAUGCUGUACCAGAACACGGACACAUCCGGGGUCAAUACAUGCUCCAGGGGGAAUCAUCUGACCAACUAUUGUGACGAUGAGUCCUUGAGGAGCUACUACUGCGUCAAGUCCACCCCGAAAGUUUCAACAACCUCGUGGUCUUGGAUGCCUGGUGUGUACUGCAUCUACAAAGUUGGCACAACCUGUCCAGACGGGUUCACGAGUGGUAACAUCAGAUGGAACGACGUAGCUAGAGUGGUUGACCCGGACUAUAACACAAUGCCCGCGGGGACCUAUACCGGUGGACCAACAGAGAUCGAGUACUGUUGCCGUGAAGACGGCAGUGCCAUCAACCCAAUCAUCCUACCAGCGGAGGGCAGCUUUUACCUCAUGAAAUUCCACGGGGCAUGUCAGACGGUACUUGGCAUGACUGUAACGGAGGAAUCUCUCGAGUGGGCUACCAAGGAAGCCAAUCCCGACACGUGGCAGGAUGGCACACAUCCUAAACCUGGCAAUACGGGCCAUAAUGUCAAGAUCUACUACUGCUUCUACCAGCCAGAAACGGUUGCGAAGAGAGGCCUUGGUCUCCUGGCGGAGGAUGCAGGUGAAGUGAAGAAAGAACUAGAAGAAGUCAGAGAGCUCGUCAACUUGCUAGAAAAUCAGCUCGAUCAUAGUAAGAGAGAUGCACUUGAGAACAAGGAGACCGAGGACGAGGAUAGGAGUGUUGAGUUUGAGGAGGUUGAGUUAAGGGAAGACGACAAGGAGACCGAGGACGAGGAUAAGCGCGGUGGGUUGGCGGAGGAGGAGUUAAGGGAAGACGACAUGGCGGGUGAAGACGAAGACAAGAAGUUCGAGGAAAUAGUUCGGGCUAUGGAUCUUGUGCUGCGCCUGCGUGAAAUGGACAUAUCUAAGCUAGGGUAAUAAAGUCUAAAGCUCUUUGGAAGCGCAUAUAGAUGUU